GUCAAGAAGAGAGAAAGCGGCAAAUAUUAAGCCUGAUCCUGAUAUUGAUGUCUACAUGAAGGCAGCAGCAACAGAAGGCCAAGAAGCCAGCGUGAUUACUGAUUAUAUUAUAAAGAUUUUAGGACUGGAAGUCUGUGCUGAUACUAUGGUAGGUGAUGAAAUGUUUAGAGGUAUCUCAGGAGGACAAAAGAAGCGAGUUACAACAGGUGAAAUGCUGGUUGGACCAGCGAAUGCACUGUUCAUGGAUGAGAUAUCAACUGGUUUGGACAGCUCAACAACCUUCCAAAUUGUGAAUUGUCUAAGGCAGUCUGUUCACAUCUUGGAUGGAACCGCUGUGGUCUCCCUCCUACAGCCAGCACCAGAGACUUAUAAUCUCUUUGAUGACAUUAUCCUUCUAUCUGAUGGUCAGAUUGUGUACCAGGGUCCCCGUGAACAAGUGCUAGAAUUUUUUGAAUCCAUGGGCUUCAGAUGUCCCGAAAGAAAAGGCGUCGCUGAUUUCUUGCAAGAAGUGACAUCAAAGAAAGAUCAGCAACAGUAUUGGGCACGUAGAGAUGAGCCUUACAGGUUUAUUACAGUCAAGGAAUUUUCUGAUGCAUUUCAAUCAUUCCACGUGGGUCGGAAAAUUGGCAAUGAACUUGGAGUUCCAUUUGAUAAGACAAAGAGCCACCCAGCUGCUUUGACUACCGAAACAUAUGGUGUUAGCAAGAAGGAGCUGUGGAAAGCUAACGUAUCAAGAGAAAUUUUGCUGAUGAAGAGGAAUUCUUUUGUCUACAAAUUCAAGCUCACACAACUUACGGCAAUGGCUCUGCUUACUUGUACAAUCUUCUUUCGAACCAAGAUGACCCGAGAUAAUCAAAAUGAUGGAACAAUUUUUACGGGCGCCAUGUUCUUCACUGUUAUUAUGGUCAUGUUCAAUGGAAUGGCAGAGAUUUCUAUGACCAUAGCUAAGCUUCCUGUUUUUUACAAGCAAAGAGACCUCCGUUUCUAUCCUUCUUGGGCAUAUGCUCUUCCCACAUGGAUUCUCAAGAUCCCCAUCUCAGUGAUUGAGGUUGCUGUUUGGGUUGCCAUAGCCUAUUAUGUAGUUGGUUUUGAUCCCAACGCUGGCAGGUUUUUUAAACAGUACUUAGUGCUCUUGCUAGUUAACCAGAUGUCUUCUGGAAUGUUCCGAUCAAUUGCUGCAAUGGGCAGGAACAUGAUAGUUGCUAAUACAUUUGGAUCAUUUGCAUUGCUCCUGCUUUUUGCAUUGAGUGGAUUUAUCCUUUCAAGAGCUGACAUCAAGAAAUGGUGGAUAUGGGCUUACUGGUGUUCACCUUUGAUGUAUGCGCAGAAUGCAAUAGUGGUUAAUGAGUUUCUUGGACAUAGUUGGAAUAAAUUUGAUCCAGCUUCAAAUGGGACACUAGGAGUUGCAGUUCUGAAGUCUCGCUCAUUCUUCACAGAAGCAUAUUGGUAUUGGAUAGGAAUUGGGGGACUAGUUGGUUUCGUGCUACUGUUAAACGUCAUUUUCACUUUGGCUCUCACUUAUCUCAACCCAUUCAAUAAGCCUCAGACUAUUGUACCAGACGAAUCUAAAAGUGAUGAGCCUGAAAACAGCACUGGAGGAGCCAUUCAGUUACAAACCUAUGGAAGUAGCUCAAGUCACAGAGCUCACUCAGAGAGAGAAGAUGUCAUUAGGAGGAGAUCAAAUUCCUCUGCUUUUUCUGCAUCCAUGUCAGAGGCUGUUCGUCUCAAGAAAAGAGGAAUGGUUCUUCCAUUUGAACCACAUUCCAUCACCUUUGAUGACAUUACAUACUCAGUUGACAUGCCACCGGAAAUGAAAGUUCAAGGUGUUGCUGAAGACAAAUUGGUGCUUCUGAAAGGUGUGAGUGGUGCUUUUAGGCCUGGUGUUCUUACUGCUUUGAUGGGUGUAAGUGGUGCUGGUAAAACCACUCUGAUGGAUGUAUUGGCUGGUAGAAAAACUGGCGGAUACAUCGAUGGGACCAUCACAAUUUCUGGGUACCCAAAGAAGCAAGAAACGUUUGCUCGCAUUGCAGGAUACUGUGAGCAAAAUGACAUCCACUCUCCUCAUGUAACUGUAUACGAGUCUUUGACCUAUUCCGCUUGGCUCCGUUUACCCUCUGAAGUGGAUUCCAACACUAGAAAGAUGUUCAUCGACGAAGUCAUGGACCUUGUGGAAUUAACUCCAUUGAGAAACGCACUAGUUGGUUUGCCUGGUGAAAAUGGUCUGUCAACUGAGCAGCGCAAGAGGCUUACCAUAGCAGUUGAGCUCGUAGCAAACCCAUCAAUCAUAUUUAUGGAUGAGCCAACUUCAGGUCUAGAUGCAAGAGCUGCUGCAAUUGUUAUGAGAACAGUUAGGAACACUGUGGACACAGGAAGAACGGUGGUUUGCACCAUCCAUCAGCCAAGCAUUGACAUAUUUGAAGCCUUUGAUGAGCUAUUCCUAUUGAAGAGAGGAGGAGAAGAAAUUUAUGCUGGGCCUUUGGGUCGCCAUUCUAGACAUCUGAUAAAGUAUUUUGAGGAUAUUCAAGGAGUUAGUAAAAUUACGGAUGGUUACAAUCCAGCUACUUGGAUGUUGGAAGUUACUUCUAUGUCUCAAGAAGUAGUUUUGGGUGUUGAUUUUGCUGAAAUCUAUAAAAAUUCAGAACUGUACAGGAGAAACAAGGCACUCAUUAAAGAUUUAAGCAGGCCUGUUCCAGGAUCAAAGGACAUCUAUUUCCCUACUCAAUAUUCACAAUCGUUCUUGAUCCAGUGUGUGGCUUGCUUAUGGAAACAACGUUGGUCAUACUGGCGUAAUCCAUCAUACACAGCCGUCAGAUUUCUGUUCACAACCUUUAUAGCUUUGAUAUUUGGGACAAUGUUCUGGGACUUGGGCAUGAAAACGAAAACUAGACAAGAUCUGUUUAAUGCAAUGGGUUCCAUGUAUGCUGCUGUUAUCUUCCUUGGUGUCCAAAAUGCUGCAGCUGUACAGCCAGUUGUGGCGGUUGAAAGGACAGUGUUUUACCGAGAAAGAGCCGCUGGAAUGUAUUCAGCUGUGCCGUACGCCUUUGGGCAGAUUGUGGUUGAGCUUCCUUAUAUAUUUGCUCAAGCUGCAGUCUAUGGCGUCAUAGUGUAUGCAAUGAUUGGAUUCGAAUGGGAUGCUGCUAAGUUCUUUUGGUACUUAUUCUUCAUGUACUUCUCAUUACUAUACUUCACCUUCUACGGCAUGAUGGCUGUGGCUAUGACACCAAACCACCACAUCUCCGGCAUUGUUUCCUCUGCAUUUUACGGAAUAUGGAACGGCUUUUCAGGUUUCAUCAUCCCAAGAUCUAGAAUUCCAAUAUGGUGGAGAUGGUACUACUGGGCAUGCCCUGUCUCUUGGACUUUGUACGGGUUGGUUGUGUCACAGUUCGGAGAUCUUCAGGAUAUACUCCAAGAAAAUGGUGGCGUAGAACAAACAGUGGAACAGUUUUUGAGAGAAUUUUUCGGUUUCAGGCGUGAUUUUCUUGGAGUAGUUGCAGUCGUUGUUGUUGCAUUCACAGUUCUGUUUGCACUAAUCUUUGCAGCAGGAAUCAAGGUAUUAAAUUUCCAGAGAAGAUAGAAAUUUAAUCCCACUUUUUGUAUUAGUAUUUUCUUCAUUGUCACCUUUUGUAUAGUGUUCUGUCAAUGUGUCACUUUUAGUGGCAAAUUUGUAUAAGUUUCAAUAGUUGUAAUUUACUGUAAGCUGCUGGACCAAAUUAAAGAAUAAUGUACACACUUUUUUUAUUAUGAUU